AUUUGACCCUGACACAUGAAUACAAAUAUUAUACCCAAUUUCCACACGGUUAACGACUUCUCCAGAUCUUCUCCUAUGUUUGGCCAAUCAAUGAUCAUGUGCAAAAUCAAUCUCUGGCAUAUUUUGCGCACUAUAUAAGAACUUGGCUAGAUGGCACAGAAUCACAGUUUAGCAAUAACCGAGCUUCUAGGCAGAGCCAAACUCAGCGAAAGGCGUUAAUUUGCUAAGAAAAAAAAAUCUAUUGCGAGAUUUCACAAACAAUAUUAACGAUGGCAAAGCUCUUGAUAGGCUUUAUUUGCCUGACAGCUCUAAUUUGCAUGCUGGCAACUGUAAAAGCAGCUCCUGCACAGAGCUUGGACGACGACCUCUCUACGGCGGACAGCAUAGGCGUUGGCUACUAUGUGCCAUCCUAUUACAGUCCAUAUUACGGCAGAAGCAGCUAUGGCUACGGCGGAUUUGGCGGUUACGGCUACGGUGGCUACAGAGGUUACGGCAGCUACUAUCGUCGCCCCAUUUAUCCGGUCUGGGGCUGAGCAUGAGACGCAAUAGAGCCUAGAUAGUAGUUCAUACACAUACAUCUAUAUAUACAUAUAUAUAUAUCGCACUUUAAGUCUUGUAAAACUAACAACAAUAUUUUAGCUAAAAAUUUAGCCGUUUUUCUCUUAGUAUUCUAGCUCUAUGUUUACAUUAAGGAAAAGAGUUUACUUAAACACAA